AUGGCAGCGUCUUCAGCAGCAUCUACAGUGCAUGGUGACGAGAGUUCGGUGAUGGAGGGUGCAGACUUUCUCGCCGACACGCAAGCCAAGACGCGCAACGACCCGUCUGGGCGCGUUACGCCGCAGCAGAUUGGGACAGAAGCCAACAUUUACCCAGCACCCAACAAUGCUGCCGAAGCCGACAUUGAAAAGGGCGGUGCCGUCCCGCAGCUCAAGCCCGUCGGCGCGCCUCCUGGUUUUGCGCCGUCCGAUUUCCCCGAUGGUGGGCUGGACGCUUGGCUUACCGUCUUUGGUGGAUUUUUUGCCCUCUUUUGCACAUUUGGGCUGGUCAAUUGUGUUGGAGUGUUCCUCAGCUAUUAUGUUCAGGGUCCAUUAGAUGGCUACGGCGAAAGUGCCGUCAGCUGGAUCACGAGCACGCAAAUAUUCAUCCAAACUGGCACCACGGCGAUAUGGGGCCGUCUUUACGAUUCAUAUAGUCCGCGAUACUUGCUGAUCACCGGAACGAUUAUUUACUGUUUUGGUUUGAUGAUGACAUCUCUUUCCACGCAGUACUACCAAUUCUUUCUCGCGCAGUCCAUUGUGGCGGCAGCGGCGUCGGGUGCCAUUUUCAACGCAGCAAUGUCUUCCGUUAUUACUUGGUUCUUCAAGAAGCGCGGUGCAGCGCUCGGAAUCAUUGCUUCUGGCUCUUCUUUGGGUGGUGUCUGCCUGCCAAUCAUGAUGAAUCACCUUAUUGUGAGACUCGGCUUCCCGUGGACGAUGCGUAUAAUUGCGUUCAUGUUCCUGGGCAUGUGCGGCAUCGCAUCAGUUACCAUCAAAUCCAGGCUACCACCAAGACCAAAGCCAUUUAAUGUAAAGGACUACAUCAAGCCAUUCAAGGAGCCGGCCAUGCUUCUGACCAUGAUUGCGUCUUUCUUGUUCUUUUGGGGCAUGUUCCUACCUUUUAGCUAUAUAACGCUUCAGGCUGAGUCAGCUGGCAUGGAUGCAUCAUUGGCGCAAUAUCUCUUGCCAAUACUUAAUGCUGUCAGCAUACUUGGACGUAUCGGACCUGGAAUUGUUGCAGACAAGAUUGGCCGGUACAACUCCAUGAUAUGCAUCACCUUGCUGUCUGGCGUCAUCACCUUGGGCCUCUGGAUCCCCGGCACAAGCACGGGCGCUUUGAUUGCCUAUGGAAUCAUUUUUGGAUUCUCUUCAGGCGGUUUCAUCUCCUUGGCACCCACAUGCAUUGCACAGAUAUCCGACAUUCGAGAAAUUGGUACCCGUACAGGUGUAGCAUUUGGCGUUCAGUCGCUAGGUGCUCUCACUGGGUCGCCUAUCGGGGGUGCCCUGGUUAGGGCAAUGGAUGGAAAUUACCUUGGACUGCAACUCUUUUGCGGUAUUGUCAUGACGCUGAGCGUUUUCGUCUUCCUGGCAGCCCGCUAUGUACAACAAGGUUUUAAACUGGUCAAGGUGUGA